UUUCACAAUACAUAAAAUACCAGGGUCUUAUGGUGCCGUCUAUUUUAUGGGCACUCUAUUGGGAUAUGCAUUGUAUCGCAAAAAGUCAUUGAAUUUAAGCAAAUCAUCGCUGACUAUCGUAUGGAUUGCUAUAUUGAGUGCCUAUUGUAUCCCAUUGUGGGAUAAAGUCUACUGGAAUUACGGCCAGUCGUAUACACCCGUAGUUUCGGCUCUGUUUUAUAACUUCUGUCAAAUUGUUUGGUCUGUUUGUACGUCACUAAUGAUAUGGUUGUGUAUAUCGGGAAAGGGAGGGCUAAUCAACACAUUUCUAUCGCACCGGACAUUCGUACCGAUGGCUCGGUUGACAUAUAGUGUGUAUUUAUGUCACGCGUGGCUCAUAUGGUAUUUCAUGGGUUCGCGCCGUCAUGUGAUGGACACUCAUAUGUAUAACUGUGCGAUUCACACCUGGUUUAUAGCCCUUGACUUUCAAUACCAUAUAAUGACAGCCGCAUUGAUAUUAGUAUUUCUCUAUAAUAUUAAAUUUGGUGUCAUUUUAAACAUCGCAACAAUUGUGAUGUUUGCCAUCAUAUCAACCAUAUUGUGGUAUAUCUAUGAACUGCCGCCGGCGCUCAUCAACACCGGCCGCACAGAAUAUUUUGAAAAGUACUUCAGUUUCACAAUACAUAAAAUACCAGUUUCUUACGGCGCCGUCUAUUUUAUGGGCACUCUAUUGGGAUAUGCAUUGUAUCGCAAAAAGUCAUUGAAUUUAAGCAAAUCAUCGCUGACUAUCGUAUGGAUUGCUAUAUUGAGUGCCUAUUGUAUCCCAUUGUGGGAUAAAGUCUACUGGAAUUACGGCCAGUCGUAUACACCCGUAAUUUCGGCUCUGUUUUAUAACUUCUGUCAAAUUGUUUGGUCUGUUUGUACGUCACUAAUGAUAUGGUUGUGUAUAUCGGGAAAGGGAGGGCUAAUCAACACAUUUCUAUCGCACCGGGCAUUUGUACCGAUGGCUCGGUUGACAUAUAGUGUGUAUUUAUGUCACGCGUGGCUCAUAUGGUAUUUCAUGGGUUCGCGCCGUCAUGUGAUGGACACUCAUAUGUAUAACGUAUUGAUUAAUUUCAUACACAUUACUGUUAUGUCAUAUAUAAUGGGAUUC